AGGUCCGUGUAUAUGACCUUCAGCUUGUUACAUUUUCGCAUUUUAGUUGGAAGAAUCUCAAUGGCUUAUUUUUUAAUAUCGCACCUCAAAGAAGAAGAGAUCGCCUGCGAUCACCAGGAAUUGAGGCCAGGCGGAGAAUGGAAACCAAACGAUUGUGUUGCUAUCGUUAUCCCUUACCGCGACCGGAAGUCACAUUUGGUGCGAUUACUGGCCUAUCUGAUUCCUGUGUUGCAACGUCAGCGCCUUGAUUUUCGCUUCAUUGUUGCUGAACAGUACGGUCAAGGUGUGUUCAACAAAGGCCGUAUUAUGAACGCAGCUUUUACGUUGGCUGACGCUCUACACGUCGACUGCGUCAUUUUCCAUGACGUUGACCUGUUCCCUCAAGAUGAUCGCAACUUGUACUCUUGCGCUGAUUCACCACUCCAUCUCGGCGCUUACGUAAGCACUCUAGGCUACGAGCUUCCAUAUUACGAUCUGGUCGGAGGUGUACUGGCAUUGAGUGCUUAUCAUUUUAAAAGUGUCAAUGGCUUUAGCAAUAUGUUUUGGCAGUGGGGUGGUGAAGACGACGACAUGGGCAGACGACUCGUAGAGCAUAAUUAUACCAUUCAUCGGCCGCCUGUAGAGUACGGAGCUUACACCAUGAUCAAACAUGUUAAACGCCAACGAUCACUUCUCGAAAUUAACCUGUGCUUCAGUUAUAUAGUUAUUGUUUUAAAGAUCUAUUUGAAACCCCUUUAUUACCAUAUGUUCAUCGACGUUGGGAACGCUCCUCGCCAAUGGCUUGCUGGCUGA